AUGCCAUUACACAAACAAGAUAAUACACAUAAAAUUGCAGCAGCACGUGCUGCCAAAAACCAAGAAAAUGCUGGAGACUCAAGUCAUGCUGUCAGAAAGAUCUUUUCUUCAGAAACUAUGAAAGCCGACGGUGUCGUAACAGAAAGAAAAGCAUUAAAUGCCAAAUCAUCCAACACACGUAGCUCAUAUGGGGGGAAAGAUUUAAACAUUGUGCAGAAAACCCACUCCUCAUCAGUAAGUGGCAAUACCAAUAAGGCCAGAAAGGUAAUCAAAAAACCCUUCUCUAUAUUCCCCGAGGCGGCUUCUACGUCAAACAAUUCUAUAUCUGCACACGAUACAACCACCCUGCAAAGGUCGUACUCUCAGAAAGAGCAAAGUGCAGGUAGUAACUCUUCAUUCAAUACCCUAUCCCGAUCUUCUACUUUUGGAUCGUCUUCCAAUUAUUUUGCAGAUUCGGGUACGUAUUCAAAGAACUCAUUAAAACCCACUAGAAGAAUAAAAUCACAGCUUACAAUAGGGGCCGAAAAUGAUAUUGUUGCCUUUUUUAAGAACUCCAAAUUGCAAGAACAGAAGCAGUUGGGGAUAACCGAUACCAAAAAUACCGAAAAUAAACCGGAACUACCGUUGGACGAGGUCACCUUCACAGAGGAUGCUGAUGAUAUCACUUCAAUGAAGAAGAUCUUAAUGGAAAGAGACUCCCCAGUUUACCAGAGAACGCAUAAAGUCAAUUUACAUACGUUAUUAUCGUCAUCUGUGGAUGAAGAUGAUGUGCAAGAGACUACAUUUGAAUACAAGGAUAAAGGAGGCGGCAAAGUCCAAGAUCUGGAAACCCUGAUACUCUCUCGACCAAACUCCACUGGUGAUCAGCGUACUGACGAUUUAGAACUUGAAAUUGUAGGCCAUGACAAGACGAAUGACAGAUACAAUGACAGCAUUCCUGAUUGUGUCCUAGAUGGGCUCUACCAGCCAAUGUCGAAAGAUGUCCUUACAAAUCUAUGGAAUGAUCCAACGCCUGCUUCUAUUUCAGCAGCUGCAAAAUUCAAAGAUCCGUUAAAUCUUCCAAAGAGUUGGAGAGAAACAGCAAAUGAGGAUAUUUUGAAGAUAAAUAACGAGCAAACUCAAGAGCCAGUGGAGCUAGAGCUAGAGUUUUCAGACAUCGACAAUGACGAUGAUGGAUCCGAUAUCGAUCUCAAUGAAAUCGCCGACUUCUAUGCAAGGAAGGUAUAA